AUGACUCGCAAGCCAGCGAAGUCGGUCCAAACUGCCGAGAGAAGGGCCCUCGAGGGCAGUUAUGAGAGCCAAGACAGCCAGCUCGUAUUCCAACAGGCCCUGCUCGAACAUGCAGUUGGAAUGUGCAGCAGCUCGCCCGCACCAGACAAUCCGCCGAUCCCAGCCAAAGAAUUCGCAAAACCUAACACAUCACAUCCUGCGAACGAUUCCGAGGCACAUUUACUGUCAAUCCAGUAUCCGAAAGACGCGUCGACCAAGAACGCGCCCCCAGGCGCCAGUCGCCCGUCCAAUUCAACGAACUCCUCUGCGCAACAAGCAAAAUCACAGCCCCGGCGACCGCAUUCCUCGGCGCCACGGUCCCUGUGCUCUUCGUUGACUUGGGAACCGAAAGAAAUCGUCGUCCCGGUUGCCGUCGUCCCUUCAAUUCAACAGGAUGCCGUGCCAGCCAUCGAACCGCCCAGCCCGCUGAUCAAGAGCGAUGUGUUGCCUCAACUUCCGUCCUCGAGUGAACCACUGCAAGAGAAGAAGAAGAAGGCUCGCGACAUGUCCUCGCAAUCUCCCACACAAUCGAACGAGGGCCGGAGUUACGAACAGUAUGACCAAGAUGGAUCACAACCACAGUCCACCCAAGGCAGCAGUGCGCACCGCACUCUGCACGAAGGGGACACUGGCUUCGUCAACUUGGUGUCCGACGACAUUGAUCUGCCCGACUCGGCGCCCGAUGACUCCAAUGUGAACCUCUUUCCAGAGCCGGAACCGAAAUCGCAAUACACCUCCCAACCGUCGACGAACGGUAUUCGCAACAGUGCCCCCGAGACACCUGCCGUACGACACAUGUUUCCACCGGGAUGCGACGGACAUGUGAUGCCAGCGUCGCAGAUGUUCCGCCAGACACAGUCAACAGCCGUGAAACCCAGUCCAACGUCGUCACGCCCUUCGCCUGACUUAUUCAACCACAAUACCAUCUCUCCGAACCCUCUUGUAUCGUCACCCUUGAAAGACAGGGGCUUGAGAACGUCACCUAUCCAAGCCUACGUGUCGAGUCCUCCAGCAUUCGUAGAGGCUUCGUCUCGGCCAUCAGUCAAAUUGCCCUCUCAAACGCCGAUCCGCAAUCACACGGAUACAGCCGAAACUCCAAGAGAUCAGUCGGAAACCCCGUUGCCCCAAUCUGAUGUUCGUAAGGCCAGCAGGGCUCCCGAGCCAAACGCUGAAUAUCAUCCAUUCCGAAGGCGCGGCUCCGGCAGUGAUGUUACCAAGUCUCCCAGCCAAGGCAGCGAGGAUUCUGACUUUGGGGACGAUCAAGCACAGAGGCGCAGUCGAUUGGCGAAAUCGAGAAGGGAGAAAGCUUCCGAGUCGCUCUCCCUUCCCCCUGCUCGACCAAGCUCAAAUAAGGCCACCAUUGAGGUGCCGUCAACGAAUGGUACAAAGCCUAAGGAACCACGCAUACGCACCCCAUCUGAUGAGUAUCGAGCACAAUGUACGUGGAUAUAUGAUAUUGGUAAGGACAGUUCACAAGAAACCGUGGCUGACUCGCAAGAUGCUCCGGUACCACAAGAAACGGCCAAGGCCAACAAGGAUGUCGCGCAGCCUUCGAACGAUGCAAAGGCAAAGUCUGACACGGAAGGCGACAAUGUGGCUUCGAGUGCUCCGAUCGAUCGUACCGAGUACAGGGAGACGAUACCUGAAACUAGCCCGCCGGGCACAUCUGCAGAACCUCCCAGAUUGGUUGGCGAUAUCAUGAAGCAAUACUCUAGCGGUACCUCCAGUGCAGUCACGAUGUCCCUUCCAGUAAUCUCUAGCGGCGCAGACGUCGAAGAGCAAGAAGAGCAGCCAGAUCUACCCAGACGAUCAAGCCUGCCGGAACCAGAGUCUUCGGGCCGGAUCUCUUCAGGGCGUAACAAGGCAUCUCGCCCCGAGCCGAUCAACGCAAACUCGUCGCCCUCUGUCAUCAAUGCAAACUCAUCGCCCUCUGUCAUCAUGGCAUCGUCGCAACGGAGCAUCCCGCGCCAAUCAACUAGACUCAAGAUCAUGACCACACCAUCCUCGACCGCGCCUGAGUUGCAUCUUCCGUCUGAGCCUGGCACGGGAACUUCGACACUCACGACGCUCUCUAUGACGCCAAACAUGACUUCCAGUACAACGCCGAAUACUGAGAACGACAUGGACGAUGAACACGGAGAUAAAGACGGGCACACUUCGUCUCCAGCAUUGGCCAAGGUUAAACGUCGAGGGCGCCCACCAUCAUCGCUGUCUAAACCCUCUCCGUCGUUGCCCAAAGUUAUCAAGACGUACUCCCGCUCCAGCGUCAGAAAAGGAAUACGCCAGUCGUCGCGUCAUAGUUCCGUUUCGAUCGACGAGCUGGCAAGGUCCCCAUCAGCCUCUGGCCCUAAGGAUCGAAAGGUCUUACCUCGAAAGAGACAAUCAACUGCUAAUCAGCUCAUGAUUCGCGAGUCUAGUGCAAAAGAUGGGAUCUUCGAGGGCAUGGUUUUCGCUAUUUCCUUCCAGGAGCGAGGGCGGACUCAGAAGAGUAAAGAAAAGCAUGCGGAUAGAACCGCUGUUGAGCGUAUGAUUCGGUCAAAUGGAGGGACGAUUCUCGCCGAUGGGUUUAACGAACUUUUCAAAUUCGACUCCCUCCAGACCUCGCCCAAUGCGCCUUCGACGCCGGUGCUGUCCAGCUCACUGAAACUUAUUGAACAAGGAACUGGUUUCACCGCGUUGAUCGCAGAUGGUCACUCACGAAAGGUGAAAUACAUGCAAGCACUGGCGUUAGGUAUACCUUGCUUAGCACCUAAGUGGGUGACGACAUGCGUAUCGAAGCAAGAGGUGGUCGACUGGUCCUCGUAUUUGCUGUGCGCAGGAUCCAGCUCCUUACUGGGAGAUGCUAUUCGUUCACGGAGCCUCCAGCCACACGAUGCAUCCACGGCGAAGCUGGCGGAGGUCAUCAGUCAUAGGUCGAAGUUGUUGGAUGAGAGCAAGAUCCUCUUAGUGAUGAAGAGGACGAAGAAUGAGGAGAAGAGACUGCCUUACGUCUUCCUCGCACAAGUCCUCGGCGCAUCAUUGGUGCGCGUUCACACACUCGAGGACGCCAGAGCGAAACUCCAGGAAAAGGAGGCUCAGGAUGAGGAGUUUGACUGGGUGUAUGUUGACGACCACCUACAAGAUGCCCGGGAUGCUUUGUUUGGCACGGCAGCAGGAGGUGGAUCAUCCAAGAAGCGCAAGCGCCAGAGCACGGGUGUUGGAGAUGGCGACCGGCCUCCGAAGAGGAUUAGGACUCUCAACGAUGAGCUGGUAAUCCAGAGUCUGAUCCUGGGUAGGCUCAUCGAGGACGGGGAGAUGGAGGAAUAA